UAAACCAGACCGUGAUCACCCCUACUCAGAACUGCAGUCUCAGAACUAAAAUCGACGCGGCGAGGAAACUCCAAUUUCGUUCCCAUACUUCCCGCUUUCCGAUUCGCGAUUCCUAAGACAGAAAUCACGACAUGUAUUCCCCACUAUUUUCAAGUUUUCCAGGUGAUUUCGACCUUUUAUAGUCAUUCUAACACCAACGUGUUUGUUUAUAUGUUGUGUUGCCAGUGUAAACACAUUGUAGACAUCAGUUUCAAAAUUCUAUAAUUGAUCACUGAAAAAAGUUGAUUGUAGGUAUAAUUUGGUUCCUAGAAAAUCAUUAUAUUUAAUUUGCCCAAAUUACUUGUGCAAUUCAGCUCCCAGAUUUUCUACUGGAUAGAAUGUUGAAACUUAAAGUUCAACAUACUCUGAUUCAACCAUUGCUAGGAGCAUUUUCCAGUUGAAGAUAUAUGCUGUACUACAUAAGAGAAACUGAAUGGAGAAACUUAUAGAAUUUGGAAGGAGAGCAAUGUUUUAUGCUAGAGUCCUUUCCGGAUAUGAAGAGCGUCGAAUCAGAUCUUACAGACUCCAGAUACAGCAGCAUCUCGCCAAGGCGGAAGAAAGUAAGUUAGCCUUAAAAAAGAUCCCUGAGCAGGUUAUAUUAUCAGAGGUGCGGCGUAUGGUAGAAGAGAUGCAAUCCUUGAAUAAGAAGCUGGAAGAAACAGAAAAUGCCAUUGAUGAUUAUUUUAGCCCACUCGAUAAGGAAGCUGAGAUGAUAGUGAAAACGCAACUCGAGGGUGAGGAGAAGCCAAUCAAAGAGAUGGUGAAGACAGUGCAAAGACAUGCUAUGAUUGAGAAAGAAGAAGCAGAGAAAUUUGCUAAUGUUCGAUGUGCCAAUGCAACGCAAAAUAUAUAAAACUACAGUGUAAGAGUUUUAAAAUGUGGGUAAAAGCCCUUCUUCGGAAGAGUACUUUUAAUUUGAUAAAGUUUAAUGAUAAAUAAUAAAGAGGCUAGUUAUCAUC